AGUAUUAGCUGUAUUUGUGUACUUUUUUUGGUUUAAUAAAUAUGAGACGUUCAAUACUACUUUUGCUGGUAGUUAGCAGUGCCCCAUGUUUUGCCGGUAUAGCUGGUUAUGGGGGUUACCCAGGAGGUGUCAGCUAUGCAGCACCCCCUGUUCACGGAUUGGGUCACGGAGGUCCGAUACCUUUAGCUGUAGGCAAUGGUCAUGAAAUUGAUUAUUACGCUCAUCCAAAAUAUUCCUACAACUAUGGUGUAGCAGAUGGACUGACGGGUGAUCAAAAAUCCCAAUCCGAGAUUAGAGAUGGCGGUGUCGUCAAGGGUUCCUACUCUGUUGUAGAGCCCGAUGGUUCUGUUCGUGUAGUUGACUACUCAGCUGACGAUGUCAAUGGAUUCAAUGCUGUUGUGAAGAAAAUAGGUCCUUCGCUUCAUGCAGCACCCGCUCCAGUUGUUCCAGUUCCUCAUGCUCCUGUAUCGUACGAUUAUGGAUAUGCAGGUCAUGGAGGUGCUUAUCCUCAUGGUCACUAUUAAAUAUGUAUUUUGUUUUGUUAAUUUUAAAAAUAAACGUUUAUAUAA